UGUUUUAUUUAGUCUUCAGUCCAUCAGUUUUUCUUCUUUAAUUUAUGAAUAAAGAAAACCCAAAAAAGCAGCCACUGAAGACCUGGCCUUUUGUUUCCCUUUGAAGAAACACAGAAAAGAACCCCCCGCCUUUUUUUCCUCUCUUCUUCACUGAAGAACAGCCAUUGAAGAUGCCUAGACCAGGUCCAAGACCUUAUGUAUGUGAGAGAAGAGCUUGGCACAGUGAUAGACACCAACCCAUUCGAGGUUCCCUCAUUCAAGAAAUUUUCAGAGUUGUGAAUGAGAUUCAUUGCUCAGCAACUAAGAAGAACAAGGAAUGGCAAGAGAAGCUCCCUAUUGUUGUGUUGAAAGCUGAAGAAAUAAUGUACUCCAAAGCCAAUUCUGAGGCUGAGUACAUGGACCUUAAAACACUUUGGGAUAGAACAAAUGAUGCCAUUAACACAAUCAUUAGACGUGAUGAGAGUAAUGAAACUGGAGAGCUUCUUCAACCUUGCAUUGAAGCUGCUCUCAAUUUAGGCUGCACACCAAGGAGAACAUUGAGGAGCCAACGAAAUUGUAACCCGAGGUGUUACCUUAAUCCGAGCACUCGAGAAGUCGACGACAUUGCUCGAGGAAAUCCCCUGGCUAACUCGCGUAGCAUGACUCGUUGUUCCGGUUUCAUGAAACCCGAAACCGUGAAUGUGACUCAUUUGGGGUUUGAAUAUCAGAAACAUACUAACUGUACCACUGACAAGUUUCCUUUUGUGUUUGAGAAUGGUUCCCUUCCUAUUAAUAAGCCAUGCUUACCUAUAGAGAAGUAUCCUCCUAGUUUAUAUUCAGUGUUUCCUCUUUUCUAUGGAAACCGCCUUAGAUACGAAGAGAUGCAGCAUGAUCUCAGUGUCUUCCCUAAGUUAGUUUCUAAUACUGUAGAGCCUUCUAAGACGGGUUACAUUCAUAACCUCCUGUUUCCCAAUGUGGACUCUUCAAAUAAGAUGAAACACACAGGUGUAACGAAUACUUCUAAGCCGCACGAACUUGCCUGCGAUCUAUCGUUGCGAUUGGGCCCUCUUUCAACAUCUUCCCCGAGUGUUGGAACCAGUCAGCCUCAUGAAAUAGGAAAAACUGGUUCCACCUUUGAUCUGACACCAGAAAUCGAUAAAACUAAAUCUUCUUUUCUUAGGAGCAAAAGAGACGAUCCCUUGAAAUCGUCUUCAAAUGGGUGUAGCAUUGAGGGUGAAGAUGUGACAAUGAGGAAGGGAAAGACGGGUUACUGUCCGGCAGUGGAUCAGCAAUUUUGUUUGCCAUCAAACCUUCCUUACAGUCAUUUAAGUGGAAGAAUGGAAAGUGCUGGUUCCUAGAUUGUCCUUCAAAGACCCCUUAACAUGGCCUUGGUGAGUAUACAUGUGCUGCUGAAGCUCUUUCCUUUUUUUUUUUUCUGUUAUCUUUUUGUAGUUGGAUAGCUAUGUGUUGGUGAUCAAUGUGUUGACAAUGUUUGCAAGAAUGUGUUUUGUAAAUAUUUCGAGUGAGUUUCGAUUCGAUGAGCCAAUCAGACACAUAAUGUGACCAAUGUUCUUUUAUGGUCAAAGAUUAACCCUUUGGGGAUCGAUUAGUUGUCUAUUGUAAGAAUGUUAUCUUUAGGUUUCAAAAAUUUAAUGUGUCUUGUAACUGAACUCAACAUUUGUUUCUAUGAUCUUCAUUUUUUGAUGAA